AUGGCCGACUUUCGCGGGUUCUACUCACGAAUUCCAUCGUUGGGUGCGACAUUUAACGUUGCUUGGGAAACGUUAAAGGCUAAAUGGCCAGAGAACAGCCCCUGCAUGGAGCUUAUUCGUGGCCCUGGUCCGAACGCGCAGCGAGCUGCGAGCCAGAGUAGCCAGGGCCAGUUCAAAUCGUUCGAUGAGGGCCGCGAUAACACGGAAAUGAUGACCAUGAAUGGAGAUCAAGCGUAUCGGGACCAGAACAACGUAGCCGUCGCGGAGGACUCGUUUAGCUAUCAAAGAAACGGGGACAAAGUUAGAACGGGAAGCGUCAGCAGCGGCGAAUUUAGCGAAUACGACGAAGGUGGUGGUGAAUUUGGAUCCGGAGUGAAAAUUAACGAAUGGCAAGCUGCGUGGAACGUUACGAACGCUAUUCAGGGUAUGUUCAUCGUAUCGUUGCCGUUCGCCGUGUUACGGGGCGGUUACUGGGCGAUCGCUGCCAUGGUCGGUAUAGCGCAUAUUUGCUGUUACACCGGGAAAAUACUCGUCGAGUGUCUGUACGAACUGGACACUACGACCGGGCAACGUGUACGCGUACGGGACUCGUACGUGGCCAUCGCUAAGGAAUGCUUCGGGCCGACCUGGGGAGCCAGAGUGGUGAACAUCGCCCAGAUCAUCGAGCUGCUGAUGACUUGUAUACUGUACGUGGUCGUCUGUGGUGACCUGAUGAUAGGCACGUUCCCGGAGGGCGCGAUAGACACCAGAAGCUGGAUGAUGCUGAUCGGUAUAUUCUUACUGCCUCUUGGUUUUCUUAAGUCCCUGCAGCACGUCUCGCUGCUCAGCUUCUGGUGCACGAUGUCGCAUUUGUUCAUAAACGCCAUCAUCGUCGGUUACUGUCUCUUGGAGAUCGGCGACUGGGGCUGGUCCAAAGUGAAGUGGACGAUCGACUUCGAGAACUUCCCGAUCUCCCUCGGGGUGAUCGUGUUCAGCUACACGUCGCAGAUAUUCUUACCCACAUUGGAGGGCAACCUGAUCGAUCGAUCCAAAUUCGACUGGAUGCUGAACUGGAGCCACAUCGCAGCCGCCGCGUUCAAAUCGCUUUUCGGCUGGAUCUGUUUCCUCACGUUCCAGAACGACACGCAACAGGUGAUCACAAAUAAUUUGCACUCGAGCGGGUUCAAGGGGCUGGUGAAUUUUUGCUUAGUCGUGAAAGCCGUGCUCUCAUAUCCACUGCCGUAUUACGCGGCUUGCGAGCUGCUCGAAAGAGCGUUCUUCAGGGGCAGACCGAAAACUCUGUUUCCGACGAUAUGGACGGUCGACCGGGAGUUGAAAGUUUGGGGACUCGCGUGGCGGGUCGGCGUGAUCGUCUUCACCAUUCUCAUGGCGGUCUUUAUCCCUCAUUUUAGUAUCCUUAUGGGAUUCAUCGGUUCCUUCACUGGAACGAUGUUAUCGUUCAUAUGGCCAUGUUACUUUCACUUGAAAUUGAAACGAAACUCCAUGGAAUGGAGCGAGGUCGCGUACGAUUGUUUUGUCAUCUUCCUCGGAGUACUCUUCGGCGUGAUGGGAGUCUACGACUCCGGCUCCGCUCUGAUCAACGCCUUUGAAAUCGGUCUACCGUUUUGAAUGAUCAGAGUAUUCUUCGAAUACGAGUACACAAUAAUGCGUGUAGAUACGACAUUACUCGGAGAAGUCAUCAUCGAUUUGUAGCUUACGCUAAUUUAUCAUUUCAUUUAUUUUCGCGUUCGGUCUUCGGAACAGCGAGUCAUGUAUUUGUUCUUCAUGCAUCUCUAUCCAAACGGAUAUAGACUGUACAAAACUCGUUCUAGUACAAUUCACUGCUGAUGCAUUCCCUUGAGAACGCGAACCUGAUCUAGAUCGAGACUUUCGAAUUCAAAGGAAACAAAGAAAGAUCUAACUUAGAAACAUUAUGUAUUCUACUAUUUGAUCCAGUAGACGCGAUCUAAAAGAUCUAACUGUAUUUUUGCUGGUUUCAAAUGAAAAGGCAUCAAUUCUGACUGCGUGUCGUCGCUUAGAGAGAUUUCGCUAUAAAGAGAAAUGCACCCUUUCGCUCAGUCGAAUGCAUACAUGCACGGAUAUAAUUACACAGAUUAUUCGUUUGAUCGAAAACGUAUAUAUAUUAUAUACAAAUGGUUCGAGACAUUUUGAGAUUGUAUAUUUAUAUUCAACCAGAACUCACACAUAUCUAGAAAAUGAUCUAUUUAAAAAAUGACAAAAUCGUAGAAAGAGAGAGAGAAAGAGAGAACAAAGUGAGUGAAUGAGUGAAAGUGAAAAAGAGAGAGAAUAUAUUCGCGUGUAUUUCGGCUUUCAACAUGUGGUCCUACGUCUUCCUCACCCUUGACAUAAACUUCGUGAACAUUUCAGGGGGCUUUCUAGCAACGUUUUAGAUUAUAUAUUUAGCGGCAGCAAAGAUGACAAUAUCUUGUUAGCUAUAAGUAAUCGAUGUCUUCCACGAUACAAUUUACAAAAACGAACACGCACGGUGAAUGACAAUGACGUACAAGUUGACUAAACUCACCGUUCCGCAAAGGAUUUUAUAAUUAACAUUGCGGAUCAUGUAAUUUCUAUCUACGCGCAAACAAUACGUAUGUAGGUGCACCGCAUUCAAGCUAUUGAACGUAUCGUUCUGUUACUAAAAUCAUUUACAGGGGUACGAGGUGUUCUAUUUAAACUCAAUUAAUUCAUGAAUUUAUUUUAAAUCUGUUAUAUAGGGAAGAUUAGAAGGAAAUCUUUACUUUUUUAAAGAUGUAAUAUCACAUGGAACACCUCGUAUAGAUAUGUUUUAUGAUUACUAAAUCUUACUACGCGCCGGGGUUGCUGGAAUAAGUUCUUGGUCGUGGGAGGAUGUGAAUAUCCGAAGGUUUUCACGGUCAAGAAGUUGUUUGGCACUGGUGUGAGAUACUCAUAUUACAGAUUGAAUGCACAAGUUUCGAUGGAUCUUAAUAUGCAACAAUUAGAUUCUGCUAUUAUAUUAAAAGUACUUAAUCAAUUGUAAAUAUAGUAAGCAUUGGACUGCGAGUUUUUAUGCAGUUAGUGAAAAUUGAAACGUACGAGGUGAUGCAUAAUGUACAUAAUGUUCAAAACUAAUGCAAGAUCAAGGAAACACACCGAAUAUCUAUGUACAUAUCAUACUUACAGAGUAUUUAUAUUCCAUUCUUUUAAGUAUAUAUGUAAAAAUCUGCAGUCUAAUAAUUACAGAUGCUUCGCUUUAAUAAUGAUCACGAGAAUUAUAGAAGGUUUUCUUUAAAAAUGAGAAUGUUUUAUUUUCUCACAACUGAAAAUCCAUCGAAACUCGCAUAAUUAUCUAUGUGCAUACCUACAUAUGUAUAUUUAUAACAACAAUGUUAGCCUACUCUGACGUCUCAUCGUCGUAUAAGGAAACGAUGUGACCAGUUAUGUACUUAACAAGUACAAUUAGUUACGUGAUCCAACGUCUUCCAAGGCCGAUGCAGACCGAAAUAGAUCAUACGUUAGUUUGAGCAAUAUGAUUGUAGCUAAAGAACUAGUCCGGCGAAAGCUGCGGGAUGCUCUCAACUCUCUAUUGCAAUGAGGUCUCUACUUCUUGAUGCAUACUCGAAAUGUAACAGAGUUUGAGCCACGAUUGAAAGGAAUUUCAUCAGAACUAGUCCUUAUCAAUUCUUAAGUGAUAUCGACAUCAAGUAAGACAAGAAGUUCUGUUCAUUUCAAAUCAUCUAUAAUUAUUCCAAGCAUCUUAGAUCUGGUUUCCUAAGAGUAAAGACAGAGCAAGAACGUCUCGCAGCUGCAGAAACGUGUUAUUUAAAUGAGAUAAAAUAUAAUACCUAUAAAAAGAAGUCUUCCAAUAAUGUCUUCCAAGAUGAUAAUAAUAUAUUUAAUUAUACAGAAUGUCCCGUUUUCGCACGCAGUGAUCUCCUGAACUAUAAACCGUUUCAGAAAACCUUUCGAGUUAAAACACACCCUUUGUGGGGGAGUAUCUUGUAAUUACAAAUCGACCUUUUGUUUCUAUAUGGAAUUAUAUGUGUACUUUUAUUAACGAUCAUUUAUUAUCGUCAUUUUUUUAACAUCAUACGAUGAGGUGAUUGCGAGCGAAAUCUUAAAGAGGACAUCUGUAUAUAUUAUAACACGAUCUAUUGAUCCAAAGAAAUCAUUGUCAAUGAUAUUAUAUAAACGUUAUAUUGAGAAUUAUAGCAGUUAAGCGUUAAUUGUUAAGAUUAUGAUCAAAUUUACUAUAUAAGAGAAAUCAUUACGGAGUUAAUUUAAAUUAGGUUUAUUCCAAACGUUCGUUUCGUCCUUUGAUAUCAUCGACGUAGAUAAACGCGACACCGUCUCGUUGGAAAAAAGAAAAAAGAAAAAAAGAAUUGAUAUUCCGUAUAGUAUCGUAUUCUUUUAGUUUAAGACAUUAUUUAUUGUAUGUAUAAAUACGCAGCUUUGAUUAUAUAUAAUUGUUGACCAAAGACAAACAAACUUUAGAUAAAAUUAGAUGAAACGAUAUUGUGCAUGGAAUUGUAAUUAUGAUAAUUGCAGAACGAAUUAAAGUUCUGAUCGGGAGCUUGAAGCAGAAGAGAAAACGGUACGAAUAAUGUUAUUUUCCCUCGUAAAUGCACUCUUCUUUUUUUUUUACUUUAAAAUAGCACGCUAAAUGAAACUAUGUAUACGUACAUAUUUUAAUAUGAUUGACGAGAUUUUUUAUGAAUAUAUUUACGAUCUUUACAAACGUCGUUUACUUAUGAAAAAAGUUGUUAUCAAUUCAUAGUUGCAUAGCCACCGAUGAAUAAUAAUCAGGAAUAGGGAAAGCCUGUAAAAAUCGUUAAAGCCAAGUUAAAGUAACAAUUCGAUAUCUCAUAGUGUAAAUGUCGACAUUGUGAUUUACGUAUUUCUUAAUUUUAUUAUUUUAUUAGAAUUACGAAGCUGUUUAACAAAUACAAUUUUAAUUACACGAAUUGUUUUAUAUAAAGUAACAAACUAAUGAAUCUCAGAACUUUAGAACGAUUUUAUACAGGUUUUCCCUACUCAUUCUCGUAUUUCAACGUGCGUAGAAUUACGGCGUUACGAGAACAAAACUUGUAACGCACUAUUAUUUAUUAAAGCCUUAAACAUAAAGAGAAAAAGUCGCAUCGAAGUUCUUUACAUGUGGUUCCAUGUAAGAAAAAUUUUAACAAGAUGUGUGCAAUUAUAUUAGAUUGUAAUGUAUGAAAUGUUCGUCCUUCGGUUGAAAUAAAACUGCUUCUUUUUGACAACACGA